AUGGGCUUCGGGAGUAAACGAGGCGGCACCAAAGUACCUAAUGCUAAACUCAAGCCUGUCCCCAUCCCAUCGGCUCCGCGCUCUGACCUCAAUUCAGUAGCCCAUCGCUCUACUAAACCAAGCAAAGGAAAAGGCAAAGAAACAUGCAAUACACCCCUAGCUAUUGAAGGGGACGACGAUGAAGAGGAUCAAAGUGAAUUUCGGGAAUCACUAUGUCGGGAAAAAUCUUUGCUCGCCGGCUGCAUUGUCUGUUUCAGCGGUAUUCUCGAUCCGGUCAAGGCCGCCAUAGACAACAACAUCAAGAUCAUGCUGCCAAUGUGGCUUGAAGCUCUUUAUUCUUCUUUCACCGAGGGUGACAACGUCGAUUUCAAGAAUAUCACCCAACGCUACGCCAUGAAACCAUUCCAGAGUCUCAAGUUCUCGAUCACUGGUAGCACUUCCACACCUCGUACCCACUUUAUUCAACUGGCAGAAGACAACGGCGCGUCAGUAUCGUUGAAUCUUGACAUCGACUGCACCCACCUCAUCGUCUUGGCGUCAUCAGAAGCUUCGGCCGAUGUUGAUUCCACGCUUUUCAACUUGGACAAGGUUCAAGCCGCUCGUAAGACCGACGCUUCCAUCAAAAUUGUUUGGCAAGAAUGGCUCGAAGAUAGUGCGGCACGUGGUGGAUGUCUUUCGGAAACGCUCUACUUGAUGAAAGAAGGUUUACCCCGUCCAUCUCGCUUGCAUCUCAAUCAUGGCACAAAUUUAGCCUCUAAAGGCGACUCAGAGAAGCCUGCUCUCACGCGCGAGUUUUGUUCGGAGGAACCGGCUGUUGCCAUCAAAAGGGCCGCGACAAGACCUGGAAGUCAAACUGCGAUACUGGCUUCUAUCAUAUCGGAACAAGAUCUCCCUGCCACAAGAGCCUUCAACCGCGUCAAAUCUAGACCAUCUCGAGCUGCCAGUCCUGAUGUCGGCCCGGACCCACCUGAGUUCGACUUUGGAGAUCUGCAUCGGAAGGAAGAUGCGACGUCCAAUUCCCAGGUGGUGAAUGCCGCUUCACGUCUCACCGACCUGCUAGAUCAACCCAAAAGUAUUGACCGACAGUCCUUGGUCAAGAAACUCAGUUCCGUUCGGUCAUCUAAAUUCGAAUCAACUUCUCAUACUUCGUCUCAGCGCGUCGAAGAUGCCCGCGGCCAGACCGCUUGGGCACACCCGACCUUGUUUCGCAACUGUACUAUCUCAAUAGCAGGAUGCACUCCAUCGCAUCAUCGCCAGGUCACCGAAGCAGUCACUGACUGUGGAGCUAUAGUCACCAGUGAUCAUGCCCAGGCUGAUUAUACCAUUGUCCCUCAUAUUAAGUCAGCACCUCUCAAUCAACCAUUCUGUUUGUGUCACACAGCUAAAUGCCCUUUGAUCUUCGUUCUGUCCAGUCCGCCAUGGAUUCCCCCAGGAUGCAACCCUGUUGCACAUAGCUGGGUAGAACAGUCAUUAUUCGAAGGCCAGCUUGUAGAUCCAGAUAACAACUGGGCGGCUAGACCCAUCCGUUUAAAUCCCAUUCCGUCCCCGGAGCAACAUGUCUUUUCAGCAUGCGGCUACAAUCCUCCCGAAUUACAAAUUCUCAAACGAGCUGUGAAUUCCUUGAAACUGAAAUUCAUAGAUUAUCCGCACCGUCACGACGUCACUCACAUAUUUGUUGGCCCGGACAAAAAUAGUGCGCGCUUGCAAAAAGUAAAAUCGUGGAGUGAGAAAGAGUUUGUCGAUCUUGAUUGGCUGCUUACCCUAGCGCGCGGUGAACGAAUAACUUCAGCUAGUUCAAUCGUUAUACCCGCCAUGUCGGCAGUUUUACCUUCAGCUCUGGAACGUCAAUCCCAAGUACCUUUACCUUUGCAACUCCCGCAACCUCUGAUCGAUUGUGUCAUAUAUGUGACCAGAAAGGCAUCCGUUGAUCGACAUUCUAAAUCAGUUGGAGCUUGUCGCAAACUUGGCGCGCGCGUUGUGGAGAGAUUCGACGAAACUGUAACUCAUCUGAUUCACAUUGGUGAGCGAAGCAAUGAGGCAUCUAAGGAAUUCAAGGUUGCAAAAGCCAAAGGCAUGUUCAUAGUACAUCCUUGCUGGUUAACCGAGUGCAAGAACAAAACAAUCCGAGCCGAAGAAAUCGCAUUUCCACACACGUACAAGGCCGGCCUGGCAUUAGACUAUGCAACUUCACCCGUGCCGGAGCGGUCGACAAGGUAUCCGUUAUCUUCUCAGAAGUGCGCUGAUAAUUUGCCGAGUUCCUCCACUGGACAUGAUCUUGAGUCAGACUUGCAGGAAGACGAAGACUUUUUCCAACUAAAUGAUGAUCUUAGACUUAGAUCACCCGUACUCGAUCCAUCUCGAACAAUCAAUGGGCUUUCUUCAGAGAGUGAACACCUUGCUGAACAUCAAUCUGUGAACAAUGACUACGUUUUAAAGAGUGGAGUUGAAGCAGAAAGUGAAGAUUUUGAAAACCAACUGGACCCAGACAAGUUUUUUCACGGGAUCAACGUCACAGCGACAUCGCAUCUAUGUGAAUUGCCUCCCAGCUCUUCGCCAUUACAACCUGCAGAACCAGGCUUCAACACCCAAAUCGGCGGGUUUCUUGAACUUCUUCAAAAGCGAAAUGCUACGCCAGACGCCAUGAAAAACGAGAAGGAGAAUAGACGCACUCGAAAAAGAGGCCUAGUUGAUCACUCGCGAUCCAACAGUACUGGUCCAUCUGCAAAUGUCUCACUAAGUGGCCGACUACAAAAGAGUCAAGUGGGCAGCGACACAGGCCUUCAUCGUACCCUUUCCGACUUGGCUCUCGCUAACCGGGCCCUGAGUAAAGCGCAACCCGAAUUUGAAGAGUACGAUGAAAGUAUGAAGGUUACAUGGGAUGAUCCAAUCAGCAAACGAAAUAUCAUCACAGCUCGUGUCAACAAAAAGACCACUGACCGACGUAUCGAACAACGACCAGAGGCUACUAACACUGGUCGUGGUAGUGGAAUCAGCGACGUGCAGGAACAAGAAAACUCUCUUCAUGGUCAACGAGCAGUGAUCAUUGACUUGGCAACUGAUACGGAUCAAUCGCAAAACCAAGCAGUCCCACUUCCUCCGCUCAAGAGACGCCGGGCCAGGUUAAUAUCUUAAGUGGGAAUCGUUCAACUACCACACAGUCUUUUUACAACCUUUGCAUAUACUAUAGUUUCUGAUCAGUUUCAUACUUGACACCAUUUUGAUUAAGCAUCUUUUCAUCAGCCUUCUUAAGCCACCAUCCUUGUACCCUCUUGAUCGAGUACUUUAUGUGAGGGUGUGGAAGUAAAAGAAACUGUAUUUCAUCAUCUUGUCUCCGUGGUUUCGUACUUGCAUAAAUAUUUACUAUUUUAUUGGAAAAGUUAUCUAUAGCUUUUCGUCUAAUGAUGUCAUGUUAUGUUGUAUUUGCGCGUAAUUAUUAUAAUUAAACCGGCCAAUUUUUCGUCAAAUGUAGGUAUGUAACAUGGGUCUGGUGUUUAGGUGCUUGAUGGAUCUUUAGAUAUGACGCUGUAUAAUAUGCAACUUGUGUGUUCACAAUCUCCAAGG